AUGUCUCCCAGAUCAUUGCCUACAGGUAAGGUACAGUAUUCGAAUAAGAUUGCAAAAAGAAAGGCAUGGGAAGAGAUAAAUGAAUUAUUCAAUGCAGAAUUUGGAGAAAAAACCAAUAAAGAAAAGAAUGAUUGUGAGCCUCAGGAACAAUUUUGUAGGAGAGUUUUAUUUCGCAAGGGGGUGUUAGUUUGGUGUAAAGGCGAAGACAGUAUUCGCAAUUUUAAUCAUACAUUCGACCUGAAGCAACAACAAACAUUGGUUGCAAUGGAAAAUGAGACUAAAAACCCCACAUUUUAUUUUCCCAUUCAACCAUACGAAAUUCAAGAAAAAUUUAUGAAAGAACUCUACUUUACUCUGGAAAAUAAAAAACAUGGUGUUUUCGAAAGCCCUACUGGAACUGGUAAAUCUUUGAGUAUAUGCUGUUCUGCUUUGCAAUGGUUAAAAGACUACAAACGUGAAGUUAUAUCUAGCCUGGAAAGGGAAAUUGAGAAAAUCCAACAAGAAUUAUUAGUGUCAGUUUCAGAUAACGAAGAGUGGCUUCUGGUAGAAUAUGAAAAAAUGCAGAAAAACCAAACUCUUGCUACCCUUCGAUAUAAAUUAGAUAAAAUAAAAAAAUAUGAAGAAAAAUUCUGUGAGAUGAAAGCACAAGUUGAAAAACGUAAACACAAUUUAGACACAAAACCCAAAGACAUGUAUUUUUGUGAAAAUGUGAAUAAAAACAAAAAUGAGGCAGAUCUUAAUAAAGAAAAUAUUGAUGACAAUAUGUCUUGUGAAGAUGAAGAUCUUAUUUUAGAGGACUUUGAUGGAAAAGAAGAAAAUGAAUCAGAAGAUGAAGCAAUAUCAGAGGAAGACCAUAGCCUUAAGGUGUAUAUAAGUAGUAGAACUCAUAGCCAGCUAUCACAGUUGACGGGUGAAAUCAAAAGGACAGUUUUUAAGAAUAACACCAAAGUGAUAACUUUAGCAUCAAGACAGCAUUACUGUAUUAACACUGAUGUUUCAAAGUUGAAGAACAUUAAUCUCAUUAAUGAAAGGUGUCUCGAUAUGCAAAAUUCUAGGUCAAAAUCAACAUCCAAGUCUGAAGACGGGAAAGUUAUUAAGAAGACUAAGACAAAAACAUCUAAAGCUUGCCCCUUUUAUAAUCAGACAAACAUCAAUAACCUGAAAGAACUAAUGUUGUGUGAUAUAAUGGACAUGGAAGACUUGGUAAAAACAGGAAAAGAAAUGAAAGCAUGCCCAUAUUAUGCAAGCAAGGCUGCCUUGGAUGAUGCAGAGUAUGUUGAAGUGUUAAGAGUAGAUAUUACUCAGUGCCCUCCGCAGGCAACACAGUUAUGUGCUGCAUCGUUAUUUGCCUCUCUGAGGUCUUUCUCGACCGUUGUCAGCCAAGUGGUGAGUGGUCUUCCACGGCCACGUGGUUGCCGUGAGCUGCCCCCAAUAUUCAAGGCCAAUAUUACUGUGUGGUCUUUGAACGUAGUGUUGUUGAGUCACGCGGGCGUUGUGAGUGGUGGUGGAUCGUCGUUACGGUUACGUGACAAUGUACUGAUAGUGGAUGAAGCGCACGGCAUAAGUGCAGCGUUGCAGCAGGCACAGUGCGCGCCUCUAUCUGCAGCGCGUCUGUCUGCCGUGCGCGCCGCCAUUUUACUGUACUCAAGCACAUAUUCCAGUCGACUCUCCAGCGCCAACUUGCUGGCGCUUAAUCGUCUGCAAUUCGUGGUCAACAAAUUACUUGGUUUAUUGAACAAAAUACCCAAUGAUGGGAAAAAGUCUGAAGAAACUCACAUACUUACCUUGGAAGAUUUCGUCAUAAAAGCUGAAAUAGAUCAUUUGAAUUUGCAAAACAUUGUUGAGUUUUGUAAAACGUCGAGAUUGGCACGGAAACUACAUGGCUUCUCUACGAGACACGCGCGGCGGACGCUGGAAACGACCAAGAGCUCAGAUAAGAAGAGAUCAUUAGAGACAUUCUUGAAAAAUAUGUCUGGUAAAAAAGCAGAAGCAGAAACUGAAGUAGACCAGGAAAUCCCAAAGAAUAUUGAGGCUCAGUCAGAAGUGUCACCCGGCACAUGUUUGUAUGCAGUGGUAGAGUUCCUACAGAUGUUGUGUUCGCGCAGUGAACACGGCCGAAUUUUGGUACAACGAUCGUCCACAGAUGGACUAUUUAAGUAUCUGUUGUUGAACCCUGCACUAUCAUUCCAGCAACUAGUCUCGGACUGCCGUUCGGUGAUAUUGGCAGGGGGAACUAUGGAACCGGUAUCAGAAUUUGUUGAGUUACUAUCGGGUGGAGAGCGACAAGGAGAGUUAUGUGAGGAACGCGUGGUGGGAGUAAAUAUAGUACGCUGCGGACAUGUGGUAUCACCUCAAAAUGUAUUAGCACUCGCACUAACUAGUGGACCGACACUCCAAAAUCUCUCCUUCACAUAUAACAAUCGCACUGACCCUAAAUUCUUAAACGAAGUCUGCUGUAUACUAAGAAAUAUUUGUAAUUUAGUUCCGGGUGGUAUAGUGUGUUUUCUGACUUCUUAUUCUUGUGAACAAAUACUGUAUGAUCAUAUGAAAACGAAAGGUCAUAUCGAUGCAAUCAGUAAAAAGAAAAUCGUAUUCAGAGAACCCAAGUCAGCUGGUGAUGUGGAUCAGGUUUUAAGCAAAUACGGAGCUGCGGUCAAAAAUAGUAACGGUGAACAAAACGGUGCUUUAAUGAUGAGUGUAAUAGGUGGAAAAUUGAGUGAAGGCUUAAAUUUUAGUGACAAUCUGUGCCGUUGCGUUGUGGUUUUCGGAAUGCCAUAUCCAAAUAUCAAAUCUCCAGAAUUACAAGAAAAGAUGAGUUAUUUAAACAAAUACAGUGGUCCUGGCGCCGGAAAUAUGUAUUACGAGAGUUUAUGCAUGAAAGCUGUCAAUCAGUGUAUAGGAAGGGCUGUACGUCAUGCUAAUGAUUAUGCAUGUGUUUUACUAGUAGAUGAAAGAUAUUCAAGACCUCACACUAUGUCCGCUUUGCCGUCUUUCGUUCAAAAAUCGCUGACCACGAACUGCACCUUCGGGGUAACAAUUGGUCGAAUUGCAAAAUUCUUUAAUGGGCGUAAAAAGAAAGAGACUACGUGUUGACGUUUAAUAUCUAUUAAUAAAUCGUUGCG